AUGAAAGAGGAACAAAAGAACUCUAUUAAAAUUGAGCUUGACGAAAUCUCCUCGGAAAAUGUUGGAGAAGUUGAACCUAUAAAGGUGGAAGAAACUGAUCGGCUAGAGUACACUCCCGAGGAAGAAAGAGCACUUCUUCGCAAAAUUGAUCUUCAUGUUUUACCUCUGAUGUGCGCCAUCUUUUUUGCACAGUAUCUUGAUAAGCAAUCUUUGACGUAUGCGGCGGUUUUUGGUUUGAAAACAGACUUGAAGAUGGCGGGCCAUGACUUCUCAUGGUGCACAACUAUUUUUUACCUCGGACAGUUGGGCGCAAGUUUUCUAUUCACUUACUUGAUGACGGUCAUCCCAAGAGUUCCGCUAACUGGUGCCUGUGUCGUCGUGUGGUCGGUAUGCUGUAUGUGUUUGGCAGCCCCAAACACAAAACAAGGUUUUUGGGUUGGUAGACUCUUUUUAGGGGCUUUUGAGGCUGUUGUACAACCUGCCUGCGUUUUGAUUACCUCUUAUUGGUAUAGGAAGAGAGAGCAGCCCAUGAGAGCGGCUGUUUGGAUUUCCAUGAACGCGCUGGCGCAGAUUUUCGGAAGUUUUCUCAUGUACGGUAUUGGAAAAACAAACAGUGGGAAACUAGAAGAUUGGAGAGUGAUGUUUUUAGCUUGUGGCGGUAUUUCAUUGGUUGCCGGAUUAUUUUUCUAUUUUCUGGUGCCAAUCUCCCCAAGCGCGGCGUGGUUCCUUAGCGAGAGAGAGAAACAAAUCGCCAUGGGUAGGAUACACGAAGAAAGCGACCGGUCUGCCAUCAAUAAAUUCGAUUUAGGCCAGUUCAAAGAAUGUCUUAACUUUGACUGGCUCUUUUACAGCUCAUUUUUCUUCGGAUUUUUGGUCACUGUGACUAGUGGUCCCAUUAUUUUCCAGUCACUGAUUCUGGCAGGUUUCGGGUACGAUAAGUAUGAGACGAUGGAGUACGGAUCACCGGCAGGCGCUAUUCAACUUCUGUUUGUUUGGAUCGGAGUGUUAGCUGUUAAGUUCUUCCCUAAGGAGCGCUCUGUGAUAUGUGCUUGCCUCGUUACAGUCCCAUUAACGGGUACAAUUAUGGUUUUAGCGCUAAAGAAAAGUAGCGGAUGGUGGGUGAUUGUUGGGUCUUGGUUAGGGUCAGUAAUCACAUGCCUAGUGACAAUUAUGAUUAGCUUAAUCGCCAGUAAUGUUAGAGGUAAUACCAAGAAGUCCUUGUGUUCGAAUGCUUUUUACGUUGGUUACUGUUUGGCGGCAAUAAUUUACCCGCAAUGGUGGCUUGGUACUUACCGCGGCGGUCUUAUUGUCACCGUGAUAAUGUGGGUUAUUCUCGUUAUUUUGCUUGUAUUGUACAGGUUCAAGGCAAUUCGAGAAAACAAGAAGAAAGAUAGCGUGGAAUUCGAAACGGAACAGAAAGUUACUAAGGAUGAUGACUUCACCGAUAAGCAGAACGUACACCACAGAUAUGUAUAUUAG